AUGUCUUCGUUAUCAGAUAUUACAUUACUAGAUUAUGCAACACCUCAGAUCAAUCGUUAUUUUGGAAUAUUUAUUUUUUUCUUUGGCAUGAUUGGUAGUAUUUUAAAUAUAUUGGUUUUUACACAAAAACCAUUGUACUUAAAUCCCUGUGCACGACUUUUUCUUAUGUCAUCGAUAACAAGUAUUAUUGCUUUUAUGUCUGGUUUAAUAACUCGAAUUUUAUCUAGUUGGCAACUUGAUUUUAGUGAAACGAAUCGAGCUCUUUGUAAAUUACGUGGAUUAUUUGUUUAUGCUUCAAUGACAUCAAGUUUUUGGUUAAUUGCAUUAGCUACAAUUGAUCGAUGGCUUUCAUCAAGUCAUUUAACUUCUCAUCGACGAAAAAGUACACUAAAAAAUGCUCAACGUGGUGGAAUUAUUAUUAUUAGUUUAUCAAUUGGAAUUUAUCUUCAAAUACUUUAUUGUUUUGAUGCUAAUUUAAUUGAUACACCUAUGCAAUGUUAUGGUAAAUCAUCUCAAUGUCGUAUAUUAACUGAUUUAUCAUUUGCAUUAAUAACUAUCUUAUGUCCUUUAUUAAUAAUGAUAUUCUUUAGUUUAAUGACAAUCUCAAAUGUUCGUCAAAUUCAUCAUCGAAUACAUCAUCAACCAUUAAAUGUUAUCAUACAACAUAAAAAAGUCGAUCGUCAACUUUUAAUAAUGCUCUUUUUUCAAAUAACUCUUCUAUUUCUAUUAUCUAUUCCAUUAUCUAUACAAAGAUUAUAUUUAACAUUUACAAAUAAUGGUUUUAAAACCACAUUACAAAAAUCUAUUGACAAUUUUGUUUAUAACUUAACUCUUCUUUUUAUUUAUUUAGCUAAUGGAAUAACAUUUUAUCUUUAUACAAUAAGUGGUGGAAGUACAUUUCGAAAAUCUUUAUUCAAUCUAUUCAAAAGAUGUCAACGUAUAAUUCACUAG